UAAUCGAAUCUUCGUUAAAAAGGAAACGAUUAUUAUCUCUCCGUCUAUCUAUUACAAUUUCGUUUAAUCGUGAUCGAUCGGUAAGUAGUGGCUCUAUUACUCGGCUCGGGCAGAAAAUCAAAAGUAUAAAGAGCGGCGAGCAUGAAGUACAGCCGCGUGAUACGAAAGAUAACACGGGACCGUCUCUAAUCGGUUCUAUUCAAGCCGGUCCAAUCAUUCAAUUCACGUUCACGUGUGCUCGUGGGUAGAUCGCACGAGAUAGAAAUCCGCGACAUAUCGUGUUCUCGCCGGAUCAUCCCAGAAAUGUGCCACGCAGAAACUAAAUUUAAUCAUUUCCGUGUCUUAAAACCUCUUCAAUUUUCGUACCAGCAUGCAAAAUCGUGCUAUACGUCUGUAACUGCCGCACGUGUCGCCAUUGAUACUCCAUGGAAGUACGGGCCAGAGUACACUUUCCACGUUCAAGUAAAUUCAACCGCGAUUCCCGAGGAAGGUAGCUACAUGAGUAUUCGGCUGAACGUCGCCUCGAAGCUGGUAUGUCAACCGAAAGGAUUCUGUAUUCUCAGUUGUCGUUUUCGAGACUCGAAAGCGGACAGUUACGCGACUGAAAGCCUUGAUCCAGGAGCACCAGCGGUCCCGGUCAGCCAGGUGUCGCGACAAGAAGCGUACGAGAUCAACCAGGAUCAAUUUGAGAUUAGAUUCACCGAGCACGGACUGGAUAGUCUCGUAGUGAAUGAAAAUAUACAGCCAAGAGAGCUGGAUAUGAUCAGGGUGAUCGUGGGACAGUUGAACAUCGGUGUAUUGGGAGAAUACGAUCAAAUGGUCGAACUGAUGGAGAACUUCACGCAGGGAGAGUGCGUGACGAUGUUCUGGGUGGAACGGAAUGUGGUUGGUCAUGCUUUACACGUGAACCGUGGCUACGUUCUGGAGACAAUAUUCGGAUUGAAGGAUGGACAGUUGGUGCAGAUUAAGAAGAUUAGAAAUCUACAUAUGUGCACGCACAAGGUGCCGUAUUUCUUCGGCAGUGCCGAGAGCAUCAGACAAGUCAGCGACGUGGUGUCUACUGUUAGUUCGUCAGAAAGUCACAUAGUAAUCACAUCCACCGAGUUCAUAUCUGGUACGACGAACGUGAUAACUACUAGCAAGGUGUCUGAAGAAAUGGUAACGACCUUAUACGAAAACAUAAGUGUGAGAUUAGAGUCGAUCCUACCCGCGCUAAACGAACCACCCAAAGUAAAGGAUCCUGAAACAGCUAGUAUGUUUAUUGGAAGAUGGUUGAUGGAAAGUUCGAUGGAAGAUGACUUAUCAUUGGAAGUUUAAGAUUUGCGUCGAUAUCUGAUCAUUUUCAUUGAUGUAGUCUAAUGACGAUAAAAUUCAUCUAUCACUAUUGUUGUAAAUAGUGUGUAAUUGUAUUGUCAUGUGGCUCUGUAAAUAAUAAAGUAAUCUUUCGUUUACAUACAUAAA